CAGCACAGCGACCUUUUGACCUCGUAUCGCAUCGCAGUGAGUCAGCGCUAACUGUCACCGCUUUCCAAUCAGGUUGUACCAGGCGCCCGUUGAAUCGGACAUCCAGUCCAAACCUAAAUCCAAAUCCGGGAACUCGGCCCAGGCUAGGUUCGCGCGAAUGCGUUCCCAUAUCCGUCGAGGCCCCGACAACAACGAGGACCGAGUACGCGAACGCCGCCGUCGCGUCCUUGCAGCGGCAGCGUACAGCUUAUCCGAUGACAGGCGCGGGUCGUUAGCGCGACCGCCGCCAAUCCCGCCGGCAACUACCGACGCCACUGGAACGAGGUCAGGCUCAGAGCACGGUCGCCGUGCGCUUGGCGACAUGGCCAACCGCAUAGGCGGCCUCGAUGACCGGGUAGUCGUCGGCAUGUUUGGUGAGCGAUGGGCGCAUUUGCACGCCGAGUCGAACCCUGGCCGGUCGCGCGACGAUGACAACGACCCGUCGCCCAUGCUGCCAAUGGCUGUGGAACCGGAAUUCUUAGGGCGCCGCAGCCAGCUGCGUCCUGAGCCAACAUAUGCGCUGUCGAGUAUGAGGUCUACACAGGCCGCUAAUCAUCCUUCCCGCGCAAGAAGGUUUGUUGCUGAGGUUGGUGGCUCACCGCACCAGCCUCUAGCCGAGGGCCGCCCAGAUGCCGCCCGUACCUGGCGUCAUCGUGUGGACUCUGAGGUGGCUGAUUUCGAUGGCCUAGGCGACCGUAACAGGAGCCUUAGCCCGGAAGGCGACAAUGUCUGGGACACUCUGCUGAGCACGCUGACCCCGGAUCCGCAACCGCCCAGUGUCGGAUCUUCAUUUGCCUCUGCUUCCGCAUCGGCGGCAGCGACGCAGCGCUCUGCAGUCGCCUCGUCCCGGACGUCGUUCACCACGCCAGAUACAGCGGAGGGCUCGACGUUCGAGCCUCCCUGCGAGUCGGGAUGUGACAAUUCCGACACGGAGGGUGACGAGGAAGACGAGGAAGAAGAAGGGGAUGAAGAGGAGGAGAUGCCCUCCUCGCUCAUGCGGCUUAGCCGGCGUCUGCGUAGGACCUAUGCGGACGUUGUGCGCGACAACAACGAUGACCCGCUAGAACACUUCGGCGGCAUUGGGGGGAUGCAGCGGAUAAUACGCAACCUGGCUCGACGGGAGGAUAUCCCGGAUGAGUGGUGGACCGAAGCUGGCCUUAGCCGGACCCUGUCCCCCGAGGCCUCUGAGAGCUGAUCUGCCAUUCGGCCAUGGUGGA